GAGAACGUCCUCGUGGCCGUAUAGCUUCAGGAUCACGUUCGUGAAUCUCGCAAACGGUCGCUCGAGACAAUCGCAAGCUAGGAGCGCACGUCCGCAACAAGUCUCUACGUUGUGUCAGCAACCGACGCGACGCAUCAAGGUCUCCCGUUCCACUUUGCCGAAAUGGCCGGUGUCAAGCGAAGGGCCGGGAUUCCUCUGUCCUGGAGCCUCGUCCUUGCGAUGGCAGCAGCCUCGAUCGUCGCCAUCGCAGAAGCUCAGCCCGUGCAAGAGAGCUCUUCUGCUCGAAUGAAAUACUUCCUCAACCUCAAACGCCAAGGCAAGCAGGUUGAGCAUCUCAUACGAGAGUUGAACACCCUCACCGAAGAACUCAAAGCCAAGGAGGCGGACAUUCGCGCGAAGCUGCCUCCCGAGUUCAUAGAUCCCAUGGCACCCUUGGAAAAGCGGGCACGCUCCCCCGAAUGCUACAUAGCCGCGGGACUCUCGAGGAGUUGCGACUACAAAGAUCUGAUCGCAGCUGUGGAAGAGCGCGACUUUUGGAAUUCGGUCAACUCGCCCGGAAAGAGGAGAAGACGUGGCGUGGAAACUCCAAACAAAUCCUCGAUCUCAAGUCGCCUCGACGAAGUCCGAAGCACGGACGCCAAAAUUUCCAAGAUGGAUCCCGCAAGCACCAGCCAUCAAUAAACCAACUCGCUCCAAUCACAACGCGCUAUAAACGGCAGAAUACUCAUCGAAAUUCACAGCGACGAAAAGAUGUAUUUGCUUAGCUGGACACUUCCGAGUGUCUCCUAGGAGCUUACGUUCGUACUGUCGAAGGUCGAAGGCAACUAUUCCCAAGACAAAAAUGAUACUGUGGUCGUUGAGUUUCAAGAAACUACAUACAACUAUUACUGCGUCUACAAAUUCUAUUUCUCUCGUCGUGAUGAAUAAGAGUUUGCGUCGGUGGCAUCGAAGUAGAUAUCUGCGAGUAGGACAACCCCAAUCGUGAACGGCAACGUUCGAUUUCUCCUCCCGGUUACGCGAACUCCAAUAAAAGAAAAAAGAACAGAAUCAGUCCAGCGGGAGCUCUCAUGCGAGACUAAGUCAGUCAAGGGUGUGAUCUACGCUAAUCUUCGGGUGGAAGAGAAGAUAUCUUCACCCCACAUCUCAGCAGCGGAGAUGGGCCCGAAGUCUGAGUGGCUAUCAAUAAUGCGUAGGAGCCAUCGAUGACCGUGUAGGAUCCAAAACGAACGGAUAACGUUUUCGGUAGCUGAAAACCCUUCGUAGCUCAGUCAGUCGAGACUAGGAAUCGCAGAAGUGAGUCCGAGAUGACACCAUCUCCAAUCGCAUCUUCAGGAAAUCCCCAACCUAGCGGAAUGAAACCGGAGCAGCGAAGGAACGAGCUAUCUGCAGAUCAUUUGUACUCUCAUUGAUUGAAGAACAGCCUGGAUCCAAAUGUCUCACCAUAGUGAUAGAAGCCUCGCAGCGAAAUCCCGCCCGGGUACUCAGCAUGGCGGAGGUUGUGUCAAGCAAUGCUGCUCGUUGAAUGACGAAGGGUAGUACACCUUAGCGAGCAUCGUAAGGCAGCACCAUGUUCACGAGCGUCGUAACUUUAUUUGAAUGUUUCCAUGAGUUUCCCUGCUAGUUCCAAUCAUAUCGAACCAUCUCUGGGUAGGAAGAGGUUCCAUGUCGGCAGAGACAGCUUCCUCAUUUGUUUUAUAGACGCUGAAAUAUCGAUUAGGAUAAGGACGAAGUCGAAUCUCUCCAAUUCGGAACAAUCUGAGAAGGAUGCAAAAAGAAAUGAUGGGACACAAGCGGUAGCAGAUGCGAUAAGACUCGCGGCAGGAGGACAUGAUGAAUAAAAAAACGCUGAAAAAA